CAAAACUACUAAUUGUCAUUUUUUCAGCAUAGGAAAGCAUGGAUUGUCCAUGUAAAGAUUUCAUUUUUGUGGUAGAAUCACACAAAAAGAGAAGGGAAGAGGAUCUUGUCUAUAAUGCCUACUAUUGCAUUCACAGUUCCAUGUUUCUUUUUGUUGUUAUCUUUUCUAUUCCAAAAUCAAACUAGCUGGUGCUGUAGAUAGCAACCAUUUAAUAGUUUCACGGAAAGUCUCUCCUUACCUAUCGAACUGGCAAACAGGUAUAUGUUGGACUUUUCAUGAGUGUUAUAUGUUAAUUUGGUACCCUUAUUAUUGACGGUGCCCCUUUUAAAGUCUGCUGAUGAAAUGGAAGAAGGCAUUUAGCAAGAUGUAUGCAUGGUUGAUAUUUAUUUGCAAAGAAUUCUUUAACAAGCCAAGUAACUGGAAGAGAUUGAGUGGACCUCCUGGAAUGACAAUGGACUGGCAAGGGUCAUUGGCGGCAAGUCCUAGUUCAUACACAGUGAAGAGGAUUUUGCGCUUAGAAAUUCCGGUGGAUACUUUUCCAAAUUUCAAUUUUGUUGGGCGACUUCUGGGCCCCAGGGGCAAUUCACUAAAACGGGUGGAAGCUACCACAGGAUGCCGUGUAUACAUUAGAGGGAAAGGAUCGAUAAAGGACCCGGACAAGGAAGAUAAGUUACGGGGAAGACCAGGCUAUGAGCACCUGAAUGAGCCACUCCAUAUAUUGAUUGAAGCUGAUUUACCUGCCCAUAUUGUUGAUAUAAGGCUGAGACAGGCACAGGAGAUCAUAGAAGAACUGCUCAAACCAGUGGAUGAGUCACAGGAUUAUAUUAAGAGGCAGCAGCUACGCGAACUAGCUAUAAUAAAUUCAAAUUUCAGAGAAGAGAGUCCUGGGCCAAGUAGUAUUGUUUCGCCUUUCAACACUAGUGGGAUGAAACGCCCAAAAACCGGACGUUAAGACCUCAUAUUUAUUGCUGUUCAAAAUGGUCUAUGCUCUUUGCUUCCUAGAGUCAUGCUUGAAUAUACCUGCCGGUAUACCUCAACUUCUUAUAGCUUACCAAAACAAAAACGAAAAAACCAGGCUAACAGUCCUUGUCGGCGAGCAUUGAGGUUUGGUUUUCUUUUAAUUUUGCUUUCGUUUUUGAACAGCAGAAAUCAAAGAUGAAGGAAAGCAAAAAAAGAAAAAAAAAAAGAUCUUUAUAUAUAUAGAUGGGUAUUGGAUAUAGGUUUGGUGAUGCUAGUUCUUGUAAAACUUCAUUGAAUUUAUUCAUCUGUUAGUAGUACCAGCCUUGUCUAGUGUGCAAUGUAUUGUUACUAAUGUAGCAAAAGGCUUUAGUAACAAUAUGACCUUUAAGCAAAAAGAUUGAAUUUUGUAGGUAUGUUGUGUGAGUACAUGAUUUGUGACUUGUUUACUUCAUAUUUGUUCUAUUUAAAAUUAGAUAAAAGGAUUGUAGUCUU